AUGAAGUAUGAUGAGAAUGUCGCAUUGGCAGAAGAGUGCAGUGCAAUCAUUCAACGAAAGCUUCCACCUAAACUCAUUAAUCCAUGUAGGUCGACUAUUGACUAUUCUAUUGGUUCACUAACUUUUGGUCACGAUUUGUAUGAUUUAGGAGCUAGCAUUAAUCUGAUGGCGUUAUCUAUGAUGAUGAAGUCAAAUUAUGGUGAGCCGAAACUGACUCAAAUGAUGCUAACAUUGACUGAUUGUUCGAUCACAUAUCCAUAUAGAGUUCUUAAAGAUGUCCUUGUUAGAGUUGAUGACUUAUUGUUUUUGGAAUAUUUUGUGAUUUUAAACAUGACUGAAGAUUGUGAUACACCGCUACUCCUUGGAAGACCAUUCUUGGAAACACGCAGAGCCCUCAUUGAUGUAGAAUUGGGGGAAUUAAUAUUAGGUUUCGAUAAAGAAAAAUUUGUAUUCAACGUGUUUGAAUAA